UAGACGAGGCAGCAUCUCGAAUUGGGGCACGGCGGCAGUGCCCUCUCUUUUGCCGCAACGGCUGCAUCCGACUAGCUCCAUCUCGAAUUGGGGCUCCGCUUAAUCUCCAGGACGUGCUCAUGGAGCCCCAGUCGCGCGGCUCGCCGGCCUCUCCGGGGAAGCCGUCGGCGCCGGAGCUGCCCGAGCCUUAUGCGGAGAUGCGGCCGUUGGACGUGGCGCCGGACGAGGACGCCGCGGUCAAGCCCGACCGGCGGACGUCAUCGGCGUCUUCUUCUUCGUCGAGGGCGUCCUCGCCCGGGUGCGUUUUCCAGGUCGACGCGUCCGAGAUACGCACCCCGUUGGUCGUGGCGGCGGCGGACGGCGACGACGACCAUGCCGACGCCGGUCCGGCCGCGCCGCCGAAGUUGCCCGACGACUGGGCGUCGUUUUCGGAGCGGUCGACCGGCGGAGGCACGGUGUCGGCGGCGCCGGAGGCGCAGACGAUGGCCAAGCCGGCGGUCGAGGGCUUCAACCCGGACAGGAUCCCGGCGUCCAUCUUCCAGCCCAAGCCGGGGGCGCAGGCGGACUGGAGCAUCGCGUCCAACGAGUCGCUCUUCAGCAUCCACGGCGCCAGCCUGAGCAUCUCCGACGACUUGUACGCCCCCAGCAGGUCCCACUUCGACUACUUCUACGACGAGGCCAUGGCGGCCGGCGGCGGCGGGUACCCAGACGGCAAGCUGCCGCCGCUCGAGGAGGUGCCGGGCAGCGCGAUGUCGGACGCGAGCGAGGGGAGAGCGAUCCGGCGGCACGAGAAUGGCUCCAUCGGCAGCUCCAGCAACUUCUCCUUCGCCUUCCCAAUACUGGCGGAGCCGUCGACGGGGACGAAGGAGAGCAUGGGCGGCUACCAGCAGCUGCAGAAGGAGCACGAGCAGUCGCCGCCGACGCCCUCGAACCGCAGGUCGCAGUUCGAGGAGAUGACGACGGAGGAGCGGCGGCCGCAGAAGGCCGGGUGGUGCUGGUGCGGGGAGUGCUGCGGCUGCUGCUGGUUCGCCUGCUCAUGGCCCUCCUGCUGCUGCCAAUGGCGGUGGCGGUGCUGCUCCUGCUCGUGCUCCUGUCCGACCUGCUGCCAGUGCAGCAGCUGGUGCCUCUGAGAGGAGCUACACU